AUGGCGGGUGAGAGUACGCAGCAGCACGAAGACCCCCAAGCGGGACAGCAACGUGGGCCGCUGAAGAAUUUCCCCGAUGUGCUUAAUUUCUCGCACAUGGAGGAGGAGGUGCUGGCAAUGUGGCGCGAGAAAGACUGCUUUCGCACCUCAAUGAAGCUCUCCGAGGGCCGCAGGCCCUUUAGCUUCUACGACGGCCCGCCGUUUGCGACUGGUCUCCCGCACUACGGGCAUAUCUUGGCUGGCACUAUCAAGGACAUGGUCACUCGCUUUGCCUAUCAGACGAACCACCACGUCGUCCGUCGCUUUGGCUGGGACUGCCACGGCCUCCCGGUGGAGUACGAGAUUGACAAGAUGCUCGGGAUCAAGACGUCGCAUGACGUGGCGAAGCUCGGCAUUGACAAAUACAACGCCGAGUGCAAGAAGAUUGUCACCCGUUACGUUGACGAGUGGAGGAAGACGGUCGAGCGCGUCGGCCGCUGGAUCGACUUCGACGACGACUACAAGACGAUGCACCUCACGUACAUGGAGAGUGUCUGGUGGGUCUUCUCGCAGCUAUGGGAAAAGAAGCUGGUGUAUCGCGGCUUCCGCGUGAUGCCAUACUCGACCGCCUGUACGACGCCGCUGAGCAACUUCGAGGCGAACUCCAACUACAAGGAGGUCAGCGACCUGGCUGUGACGAUUGCCUUCCAGACUCGCGACGACCCCAACACGUACUUCCUUGCGUGGACUACAACGCCAUGGACUUUGCCGAGCAACCUCAGUUUGUGCGUGCACCCCGAGUUGGACUACGUGAAGGUGUUGGACACCAAGUCGAAGCGGCACUACUGGUUCGCGGAGGCCCGCCUGGCGGAGGUGUACCCGAAGAAGGAGGGCAAGAAAGCCAACAAGGCAAAGGAUGGCGACAACGCUGCGGAGGCCGAUGCCGCACCGUAUGCGGUCGUGGAGAAGCUCAAGGGCGCACAGCUCGUGGGUGCGAGAUACGUACCGCUUUUCUCGUACUUUGAGUCGUCCAUGGGUGCAACGGCCUUCCGUGUCAUCUCCGGUACCUACGUGACGACGGACGCUGGUACGGGGAUUGUGCAUCAGGCCCCCGCCUUCGGUGAAGAUGAUUACCAGGUGUGCCUCGACGCCGGCAUCUUUGAGAAGGGUGGCAAGUUCGUCUGCCCGGUCGACGAGAACGGCAUGUUCACGGGUGAGGUAACAGACUUCGCCGGCAAGCACGUCAAGGAGGCGGACCCGGAGAUUAUCAAGGCGCUUGAGGCGAAGGGGCAUCUCUUCCACAAGGCGUCCAUUGUGCACAGCUAUCCCUUUUGUUGGCGCAGCGACACCCCGCUCAUCUACAAGGCUGUCGAGUCGUGGUUUGUCAACGUCGAGGCCUUCCGCGACCGUCUCAUCGACUGCAACGACAAGACGUACUGGGUGCCUGACUUCGUCAAGACCCGCCGCUUUUCCAACUGGCUCGCCGAGGCCCGCGACUGGAACGUGUCGCGCAACCGCUACUGGGGAACACCACUGCCGAUCUGGCACAGCGAGGACUGGGAGGAGAUUGUGUGCAUCGGCAGUGUCAAGCAGCUCGAGGAGCUCUCCGGCGUCACCGGCAUCACAGACAUCCACCGCGAUUUCGUCGACCAUAUCACGAUCCCCAGUAAGCGUCCCGGCAUGCCGCGGUUGAAGCGCGUGCCGAUGGUAUUCGAUUGCUGGUUUGAGUCUGGCUCGAUGCCGUAUGCCCAGGAGCACUACCCCUAUGAGAACCAGGAUAAGUUCAAGAGCCUGUUUCCGGCCGACUUUGUCUCGGAGGGCUUAGACCAGACGCGCGGUUGGUUCUACACCCUCCUGGUGCUCGGCGUUGCCCUCUUCGACGUGUCCCCUUUCCGCAACGUCGCCGUCAGCGGGCUCGUUCUCGCCGAGGACGGUAAGAAAAUGAGCAAGCGCCUCAAGAACUACCCGGAGCCGAAGGUGGUGGUCGACACAUACGGCGCGGAUGCACUGCGCAUGUACAUGAUUAGUUCUCCGGUGGUGCGCGCCGAGCCGCUGCGCUUCCGCGAGACUGGUGUGAAGGCUGUGGUCAAGGACAUCCUCCUGCCCCUGUUCAACGCCGCGAAGUUCUUCAUCUCGAACACGAACUACUGCAUUGAGGCCGGUGGUCAGGUGUCGCUGCAGGUGCGCAGCACGAACGAGAUGGACCGCUGGAUCCUCGCCUCGUGCCAGACUCUACUGCGCUACGUGAAGGCCGAGAUGAAGCUGUACCGCCUGUACAACGUCGUUCCCGGCAUUCUGCGCUUCGUCGGUGACUUGUCCAAUUGGUACGUGCGCAUGAACCGCCGCCGCAUGAAGAACUCCACCGACAGCGAGGACCGCUCGCAGGCACUGUCGACAAUGUUGUAUCUCCUCUUUUCGGUCUCCCGCAUUGUGGGCCACAUCGCCCCCUUUGUGGCAGAAAUGCUUUAUCAGCAGAUCAAACCCCUCCUCCCGGUGACCACACAAGUGGACUCUGUACACUACCUCAUGAUUCCCGACGAGGACGCCUCCUACGACGACCCGGAACUGGAGCGCGCCAUGUCGCGCAUGAUGAACAUUGUGGAUCUGGUCCGUGUGCUGCGCGAUCAGAUGGUCAUCCCUAUCAAACGGCCAGUGCGACAGGUUGUUAUUGUGCACCCGGACCAAGAGUACCUUGAUGACGUGCGCAAAGUGGCGAACUACAUCAAGGACGAGGUGAACGCAUUCGAGAUUGUCAUGUCGAGUGGCCAGGAGUACCUGGAGACCAAACUGGACGCGAACUUCGAGGUGCUUGGCAAGAAGUACCGCAAGGAGAUGCCUGCGAUCCGCAAAGGCAUCCAGGCCAUGACACCGGAGGAGGUGGCCAACUUCCUGCAUGACCAAAAGGGCGUCGUCGUCGGCAAGGAGCUGACCAUCGAGGACGUCAAGGUACUGCGCCAGGUCAAGGAGGGCAUCACCGACUUCCAGAGCAACACGGACAACGAUGUCGUCGUGCUGGUCGACAAGCGCGAGGAUCAGGAACUCAUUGACUCGUGGCGCGCACGUGAGUUCGUUAACCGUGUACAGCAGCUGCGGAAGAAGGCGAAGCUGCUGGUGACGGACCGGGUGGAUGUGUACUUCGAAGCGGAGGAGGCAGACCUGACAGCCUCCAUCCUCCAGUCCAAGGACCAGAUCAACCAGACGUUGAGGGGUAUGUGGACAACGAUGGACCAGAAGCCCAGCGACGCCACGCUUGUCGCGGAGGAAGAUAACAGCAUCUCGGGCAUGGCGGUGCGCCUCGUCUUCACCAAUCCCAAAGCUUAA